AUGGACAACCAUAAUCUUUCUUAUCUUAGAGAAGCCGGGAGGAAGCUUCCCAGAUUUCUUUUCCGUGGCGUCACACACGAGUCUGGCGGUGAGGAAUUUAACGAACUGGUCAACAAUGCAACUGCAAUAACCCCUCAUGCUUUCCUGGAGAAUUUCACACGACCCGAAUCGAUGCACAAUGUGAAGUUUAUGGACUGGUCUGCGUUUACUCUGGCCGCCCAAGCCCAUGUCUCAGGCAUGAGGACCACAUCAUUCGAGACCCCCUUCAGCUCUUGGUCUGCGAACCUCCAGACAGCGGUAGAUUUUGCGACCAGAUACGACAACGGGGGCGGGCGGUUGGCAAGUCCCCCUGGGGCCAUUGCCGUCCUUGAUACGGCUGUUUUUCUGUCAGACGCAGAGAGGCCCUUCCGUAUCUUCCACAUGCCCGACAUUGGCCCGAAUAUUCCCUGCGAGUACCUCGUCUACGGCUGCGUGGACGGACCAGCGUACCGAGUUGUGUUGGUGACCGACAUACGGGCUAAGCUCAAUUGUGCCACCUGGCCAUCUUGCGAGGCUCGGCCGCCAAUGCGCCACCCUGUGGCGAUUGACGACAUUAUUGAUGCUAUGAGAAUGGCAAAUUUGUUCUGCUUAGACGGAAUGCCAAACCUCGACAUUGCUCUGGCUGUGACCGCUGCAGAAAUAUCUCGCCAGCAAUGGACAUCUCCUCCUCCCCAGCCAUCCCCUAAUCUCGCAGAAGAGAGGAUAGAGCUGGUGUGGACGCCGGAAGAUCUCUCGAUAGUCUUCUGCGUACUGCUUAGGUUUGGUAUCCACGAGAUCCGGCCACUGUUGCUUCCGCUCGCGAACCCAGAAACUCCGGCCAGGGGCUUUCCUCAACUGCAUCUCAUGAUUGAUCUUUUGGACAAAAUUCAGGAUGCCAUCCAGAUGCUGACAGGCAAUUUCGAUCAGGGCUUUAGCGAGCAUUUCGAACAGCGAGUCAACCACUUCCACAGAUCAGAUGAGUUCAUCACAGAGUGGAGGGCCAACAUGUACAGGCAUCGCUGCGACUCGGCAAGAGACUCGGAUAUCAUCAUGCAGGAUGUCAGUAUUGCCGGGCCAACACAGCCAGCCCCUGAGCUCCUGACGCCAACCAGGUGGGAAGCUUAG